CGCGACCCUGUCCCUCUCCCGCAGGUCCUGCCGCGCAGGCCGGAGCGCUGCCGCGGAGGCUCCCACGGGCCGCAUGGCAGGAAGGGCAGGUGGUCUCCCAAAUCACCCACCCCAGCAGGCUGGUGGGGCAGAGCUCGGGCGGAGAAGUCCCAAAGCAUCAGCUGGACACCAGAGUCAGACAUGAGCCUGGAGGAGGAGGAGGUGGAGGACCCGGGCUGCACCUGGCACAGGUGAGCUUCAUGGUGCGUGCCUUCGGCUCAGCCUUCACCCUCGAUCUCCGGCUGAACCACCACCUCCUCGCCUCCCACUACGUGGAGCGGCACCUCGGCGCGGGCAGCAACGGCAGCCACAGCACGGGCGCGGGGGAGCACUGCUACUACCAGGGCCGGAUCCGGGGGCAGCCCCGCUCCUUCGCCGCUCUCUCCAGCUGCCAGGGCCUGCGCGGGGUCUUCUCGGACGGCCGAGCCACGUACCUGAUCGAGCCCCAGGCGGGCACCGAGCACGGGCAGGGCCUGCGGCCACACAUCGUCCAGCGCAUCCCCAGCUGCCCCCGACUGGGCUGCCUCUUCCCUGCGCUGAGCCAGCGUGUCCCUGGUGGGAUACCAAAGCUGCGGCGGCGGCGGCAGGUCCGCCGAGCCCAGCACACGGUGCACAGCGAGACCAAGUACAUCGAGCUGGCCGUGGUGAACGACCAUCAGCUGUUCCUGCAGCUCCGAAAGUCCGUAGUUCUUACCAGCAACUUUGCCAAGUCCGUGGUCAACCUGGCUGACAUGAUCUACAAGGAGCAGCUCAACACCCGCAUCGUGCUGGUGGCCAUGGAGACGUGGGCGGCCGAGGACCGGAUCCGGGUGGGGCAAGACUCCCUGGAGACCCUGAACGAGUUUGUGAAAUACCGGCGAGAGGGGCUGGCAGAGCACAGUGACACCGUCCACCUCUUCUCGGGUCGGACGUUUCAGAGCAGCCGCAGCGGCACCGCCUUUGUCGGGGGCAUCUGCUCCCCUGCCCGCGCCGGGGGCGUCAACGAGUACGGCAACGUGGCGGCCAUGGCGGUGACACUGGCACAGACCCUGGGGCAGAACGUGGGCAUGAUGUGGAACAAGCACCGCACGGCCGCAGGGGACUGCCGCUGUCCGGACUCGUGGCUGGGCUGUAUCAUGGAGGACACAGGGUACUACCUCCCGCGGAAGUUCUCUCGCUGCAGCAUCGAUGAGUACAACCAGUUCCUGCAGGACGGCGGCGGCAGCUGCCUCUUCAACAAACCCCUGAAGCUCCUGGACCCUCCGGAGUGCGGCAAUGGCUUCGUGGAGGCAGGAGAGGAGUGCGACUGCGGCUCGCUGGCGGAGUGUGCGAGGAGCGGGGGAAACUGCUGCAAGAAGUGCACCCUGACCCAUGACGCCAUGUGCAGCGAUGGGCUCUGCUGCAAGGGCUGCAAGUACGAGCCACGUGGCGUGUCCUGCCGGGAGGCUGUGAACGAGUGUGACAUCCCUGAGACCUGCACCGGGGACUCCAGCCAGUGUCCCCCCAACCUCCACAAGCUGGAUGGAUACUUCUGUGAGAACGAGCAGGGACGAUGCUACGGCGGGCGCUGCAAAACCCGGGACCGUCAGUGCAACGCGUUGUGGGGCCGCAGCUCGGCCGAGCGUUUCUGCUAUGAGAAGCUGAACGUGGAGGGGACGGAGCGGGGGAACUGCGGGCGCGAGGGCCUGGGCUGGCUGCAGUGCAACAAGCAGGACGUCCUCUGCGGCUUCCUCCUCUGCGCAAACAUCUCGGGGUCUCCGCGGCUGGGGGAGCUCAGCGGGGAGAUCGCCACCACCACCUUCUACCACCAGAACCGCUACGUGGACUGCAGGGGCGGCCACGUGCAGCUGGUGGAUGGCUCGGACCUGAGCUACGUGGAGGACGGGACGCCCUGCGGGCCCGGAAUGCUCUGUCUCGACCGCAAAUGCCUUCCAGCCACCGCCUUUAACUUCAGCUCCUGCCCCGGCAGCUGGGACGGGAAGAUCUGCUUCGACCACGGGGUUUGCAGCAAUGAGGGGAAGUGCAUCUGCCGGGCGGAGUGGACGGGGAAGGACUGCAGCGUCUACGACCCCAUCCCGGAGCCGAAACCGACGGGGGAGACGGAGCGAUACAAGGGUCCCAGUGGCACCAAUAUCAUUAUCGGCUCCAUCGCGGGGGCCGUGCUGGUGGCUGCCAUCGUCCUAGGGGGGACAGGCUGGGGAUUUAAGAACAUCCGCCGAGGAAGGUCCGGGGGGGCCUGAGCGGGGCCGCUCUGCCCCACCCCCCCAGCGCCUCAUUAACAGCAAUUAAAUGGGGCGGCGCUGCCGAGGGUCCAGCCGAGGAGGAGAGCGGGGGGUGGCACCGGGACCGCCCCCCGGCCCCCCCCGCACCGCCACGAAUGUACGGGGACCCCCGGCCCCCCGGGCUGGCGGCACUCGGCACUGGAUGAAUGAAUGUACCCGAGGGGCCAGCGGGGAGCCCCGGCCCCACAUCCCCCCCUGCCCUCCAGCAGCAUCUUCCAGCCGGGGGCCUGCACCCCGAAAGGCAGGCCAGGGUCCCCAGGACCAGACCAGUGUCCCCAGUACGAGGCCAGUGCCCCUUCCCAGUUCAGGGCCUGGAGUCGUGUCCCUGCCACCCCCGUGCCUGGGCUGGGUCCGACGGGGGCCAAAUCCUGCACCCCCAGAUGUGCCUCCCCGGCUCCCCAAAGCAGCUCAACAGCCCCGUGUGGGGUUUGUCCCCUCAGAUUCUCCCCCCCUGUCAUGGCUGCACCCCCAAGCCAUGGGACCCCGAAGUGGCCAGAGGUGGGACAGGCACAGCUCUCCUUCAAGGCUUCCCCCUCUCAGGCAGGCGAACUCCAAACUGGUGACACUGGAGUUGGGGGGACAGAAGGGCCCCCCGGGGGGGACCAGGACACAGGUUGAGCCCUGGGCUGGGGACACAGGGCUGCUUGCUGGGUGGCACUUGUCACCCCAGCCCCAGGGCAGGCUUGUGGCACCCGUUCCCCCCGGACUGGGCGUCCCCCACCCCCUGGCAGGUUGUGGGGAGGCAUCACCCUCUCCCUGUGGCACGUGGCACAUGUCACCCUGCAUGGGGUGGCUCUAGAGAGCCACCCAAAGCACAGCACCUCGGAGCACUGGGGGCCACACAGAUCCCUUUAACCACUGGUGACACUCAGCAUGGAGGGGGGACAUCCCUGGUGACACUUGGUGACACAUCCCGGUGUGUGUGUGUGUGUGGGGGGACACUCCCGGGGACACUCAGCACGGGGACAAUGGGGGAUGAUAGCCAUUGUCCAUGGCAGUGUCAGGGUGUCCCCUCUGUGUCCCCUCCUUGCCCGGUGUCCCUGCCCACCACUGGGCCCCUUUGCCAUGGAGACAGAGAGUGACCAAUGGUGUCCCCAAGCCCAGCCAUGGCCAAAGCGUGCGGUGGCGCCCAGCCCGGUGUGACAGCCCCACUGGGCACCCACGAGUGCCGUGGCUGCGGUGGCAGCCCAGGGGACAGGGUGGGAGGUGACAGCAGGAGGGGGUGGCUGGACAUCCCCUGGCUUCGCAGGCGGCUUCUCGUGUGACGUAUCAGCACUGGGAGAUGUGGGGACCUGGGACCACCGUGGAGCGUGGGAUCAACCCCCCAUCUCUAUCACUGUCACCACAGUGUCCCCACAGCUGCCACAGUCACAGUGCUGGGGUGCUCCCCGAGGCGAGGGGACACCCCUGGUUCAGAGCAAACCGUUGUCACUGGGUUUGGGGACAUUAAUAUAUAUAUAUAUGUGUGUAUAUAUAUAUAUAAAUAUUGGGAUUUUUCUUAACGAUUUUAACGCUGUCAGGGCGGGAGGGCCCGUGGCGGGGGGGGGGG